AUGCAGCUCUCCUUGCUGGAAUUACUUACUGCUUAUAUUCAGAAGGUGUCCGACGAGACUGUUCCGUUAGCGCAGAGACAAGCCAUCCCCUGGAUUCUUUGGACGAUCUGGAAAAACAGGAACAUGAUCCUGUAUGCUGAUACACAGGAGUCUCUGAUCAUUCAAAUUCAAAAGGCGGUUGAAGAGGCCCAUCUUUGGAAGGAGUUGAAUAUGCAGCAACAAACUCUUGAGAUUCUACACGGUCUGAAUGAAGAAACGAAGAAAUGGGAUCCACCUUUACCAGGUUAUGUGAAAUGCAACAUCCAUGCAAAUUGGAGAAACGCAAAGCUUCAUAGUGGAGUGGCUUUCAUUGUUCGUGAUCAGAGUGGCAUUGUCCUCCACCAUGCCAGAGACGCUAACACUUUCUCUCCGAACAGAGCAACUGCUGAACUUCGAUGUCUGGUAUGGACCUUACAGAGUUUGAAGGAUCUGGGCUAUCAGGAUGUUGUGAUUGGUUCAGAUUUUUGA